AUGUUGGAAGGCCUCGUCGCCGGCCUGCUCAACCGCUUUCUGGGCAUGUACGUCAAGAACUUUGAUCCUGCCCAGCUCAAAGUCGGUAUCUGGUCGGGAGAUGUCAAACUACGAAACCUAGAGCUGCGCCGUGAGGCUCUCGACCAGCUCAAGCUUCCCAUCAAUGUCAUGGAAGGCCACCUCGGCGAGCUCACCCUCAUCAUCCCCUGGUCCAACCUGCGCGGCGCCCCCGUCAAGGUCUUUAUCGAAGACGUUUUUCUUUUGGCCAGCCCUAAGGAGGAGGCUGAAUACGAUGAAGAGGAGGAGGAGCGCAGAAAACAGCGACUCAAGAUGGAGAAGCUGGACAGCGCUGAGUUGCUCAAGGAGAGAAACCAGGAAGGCAUGAGCCAGGAGGAACAAAAGAAGAGCCAGAGCUUCACGCAGAGCCUUGUUACAAAGAUCGUCGACAACCUCCAGGUCACGGUCAAGAAUAUCCACAUUCGAUAUGAGGACUCCAUCUCAGCACCAGGACACCCAUUCGCCCUGGGCGUUACCCUCGAGGAGUUCAGCGCCGUCAGCACAGACGGCCAGUGGAAGCCCACCUUUAUCCAGGACUCGAGUUCCGUCACCCACAAGCUGGCUACUUUGGGCGCACUUGCUGUGUACUGGAAUACCGAUUCAACACUACUCGGAACUGGCCGUGAGGCCGCAACACCCUCCUCAGAGAUGCUCCCACACGAUGAGAUCGUUGAAAAAUUCAGGGAGAUGAUUGGAAAGGGCGCCGAGAAGAAUACCAGUCACCAAUUCAUUCUGAAGCCUGUCAAUGGACAAGCCAAGAUUGAGCUCGACAAAUCAGGCGACAUCAAGGUGCCCAAAUUCAAGGCGAACUUAUUGUUCGAAGAGAUUGGUCUUGUCCUAGAUGAUGACCAGUAUCGAGACGCCUUGAUGAUGGUAGACCUUUUCCACUACUUCAUUCGUCACCAAGAGUACAAGAAAUUGCAACCAAAGGGGGUCAGGCCCAAGGAAGACCCCCGUGCAUGGCUACAGUUUGCCGGCAAUGCGGUGUUAUCCAAGAUUCAUGAGCGCAACCGAAAGUGGUCUUGGGAUUAUUUCCGGGAGCGUCGUGAUGACAGGAAAAAAUACAUCGAGCUAUUCAAGAAGAGGAAACAAGGGCAACAGAUGUCUCCCGAGGACACUGAUGCAAUAAACUCCCUUGAGUGGAAACUGGGCUAUGAAGAUCUGCGAUUCUGGCGAUCUCUGGCCCGCAACCAGCUCAAAAAGGAAAAUGCUGAGGCUCUCAAGAAGCAACCACAACAACAGGAGCAACACCAACAAGGCUGGCUCUCGUGGGUGUGGGGCUCCAAACCCCGAGAGACGAUCGAGCAGAAUGAGGAGAACACACAGAUGACUGAGGAACAGCGACAGGAGCUUUAUGAGGCCAUCGAUUGGGACGAGAAGAAUGCUCUCGCAGAUGAGGUGGACGUACCGCGAGAAGCUAUCAAGAUGUGCAUUGAGACCUCCCUUAGCACUGGAAGUUUCACUCUCAAGAGAAACCCCCACGACAACGCAUCGGACUUGCUUAGUCUACACUUUGACGUAUUCAAGGCCAAGGCUCUUCAGCGAAAGGACUCUCUCCUUGCCAACGUCAGCCUUGGUGGCUUGCGUGUCAACGAUGGCACCACUCCUGACACACUCUACCCCGAGAUUGUGAGGGUCAAGGAUGCUCCUGAUGUCAAGCAGCGGCGAAGACUCUCGCUGGCCGAGCUCGAGAAUGCAGAGGAAGACCCUUUCUUCCAGUUCGAGGUCGAACAGAACCCGCUCGAACGCGAGGGCGACAUUGCUGUUGUUGGAAAGAUGAAGCCUCUCGAGGUCAUCUGGAACCCUAACUUUGUGGUCGGCAUUGCCGACUUUUUUAGACCCCCUGAGCGUCAUAUGGAGUCUAUCACCGCCCUCAUGGAGAGUGCUGGUGCCACUGUUGAGAGCAUUCGGGAACAGACUCGAGCUGGUCUUGAGUUUGCUCUUGAGGAACACAAGACCAUCAACGCCGAGCUGGAUCUUCAAGCACCCCUGAUUAUAGUGCCUGUCAGCAUUACUACAGAGGACUCGACUUGUCUGAUCGUUGAUGCUGGUCACAUUCAUGUCAACAGUCAGCUUGUCGACCAGGACACCAUGAAAGAGAUCCAGUCCAAACAAAAACAGUCGUACAGCGACGAAGAUCUCAAGCGGCUCGAAUCGGUCAUGUAUGACAAGUUCAUUGUCAAACUGACAUCGACUCAAGUUCUCAUUGGACCAUCCAUUGAGGAAACCAAAGCGCAGCUUGUUGACAAGGACGAUGAGGCCCGGCUUCACGUUGUCGAGCAGAUCAAUGUCGAUUUCACCGUCGAAACCUCGAUCCUCCCGAAGGCCCCCAACCUGACCAAGUUCAAGGUCUCAGGUCACUUGCCGAUGCUUCACGCCACUGUUUCGGACUCCAAGUAUAAGAACCUCAUGAGAAUCAUUGAUGUGGCGAUUCCCAAGUUUGGUGAACCAUCGCUACCUGAACCACAGUCGGAGGGACAAAAGGAGCAGUCUCGACCUCGACUCAAGAGCACGGCGUCUAAUCGUUCCCGAAGAAAGUCUCAUCGUGAAAGGCGGCAAUCCACGCCGUUCCCGUUCAUGGCCCAAACUGCUGUCGUGCUUGACGAUAUGGACGAAGAUGACGACAACUUUGAGGACGCGGACGAUGGAGGCGGUGUUGAGCAGCUUCGCAUUCAGCAAAGGAUCUUCGAGUUCAAGUUCAAGGUUGACACCCUGAAGGGUUCACUUUAUCGGAGUGACCCUGACCAACGAAAGCCCGAUUCUCUCCUGGUUGAACUGGUCGCUGAGCGGUUUGGCUUGGAGUUUUACACAAGACCUUACGACAUGGCAGCCGAGGUUUCACUUGGCUCAGUCACAGUGGAUGACUUUGUGGAUAACCCCCCUGACGAAUUCAAAUCCAUCAUCUCGUCGGGCGAUAGCGAUGAUCUCAAGGCAGGUCGAAGCCUGGUUCACGUCAAGUUUAUCAAGGUCAAUCCACUGUCGCCCGAGUUCAUGCCUGUCUAUGAGGGCGUCGAGACCAACGUAACCGCCAAGGUCUCGACAAUCAACCUGAUCGUCACCCGAAAGACUUUGUUGACGCUUCUGGAUUUCAUCCUCGUUACUUUCACCAAUAACGAUAGUCAGCAAGCUGGCCAACCAGGCGGCCCGCAGUCCCUCCUGGACAACUACGAUGAUGAUACAGCAAGCGUCGAUGUCUCUUUCAACACCACCCCUCCACCAAACUCUGGUUCUAUCCGGGUAAAGGUCGACCUCAAGAGUAUCAGGCUGAUCUUGAACAACGAUGGUAUUCGACUCGCCACGUUAUCAUUCAACAAGGCAGACGCUGGCAUCUUCCUCCGGGCCAACACGAUGCGCAUUUCUGCCCGACUCGGCGACCUCUCCCUUGUUGAUGACGUGAAUCUCGGCGUCUCGGAGGACUCCCAUCUUCGCCAGCUCGUGACUAUUCAGGGAGAUGACUUGGCCGACUUCCGUUAUGAAACUUUUGACGCCAACAAUUCCAAGACAUACCCAGGAUACGAUAGUUCCGUGUUCCUUCGCGCUGGUUCCGUCAAGCUCAACUUUGUGGAGGAGCCAUUCCGCAAGAUCAUUGACUUCUUGGUUAAGUUUGGCAAGAUGCAGGCCCUGUACAAUGCCGCACGCCAGGCUGCCAUGAACCAGGCCAACCAAAUGCAGCAAAGUCCCAGCCGCUUCAAGUUUGAUGUUGUGGUCAACACCCCCAUUGUUGUCUUCCCCCGCGUCGUGAAGCCGGGUCGACCUGAGAGAGACCUGAUCACAGCAUACCUGGGUGAGAUCUACGCCCAGAACAAGUUCGCACCUCUGGAUGACAGCGAGGACUCCGAAAUUGCGAUGAAGCUCUCGGCUGGUAUCCGCAAUAUCAGGCUCACCUCGGACUUCCAUUACGCGGAUGAUGUUUCCGAGGAGCUUGAGAUGAUCGACCACGUCGAUCUUGGGUUCAACAUCACCUAUGCUGAGCACAAGUCUGGAGUCAAGAGACCUGAGACAGAGAUUGAGGGAACCAUGUCUGAUUUCAAUCUGCGGCUUACCCAAUACCAAGUCAAGUUCCUCAUGGAAAUCUCCAAAUCAGUACCCGCAGCAUUUGCUGGCGAGGGCAACGAUAAUGAGGAAGAGGCGGCCAAGGCGGUGGACGAAGGGACCCUGCAGCGCGCCCGGACACUCAACACGGAAAUCGACUCUGGCGACGAUCAAACGCUGGUCGAUCUCGGUCCUGAACUCAGCUCCAUUGACCAGGCCUGGACGAAACUCGACCUCGUUUUCCGCAUUAACACGAUCGGACUGGAGCUGAUAAUGGCCGAAGAAGAUGCACCCGUCCACGACAUUGCAAAGUCAAGUCUGUCACGGUUCUCGCUCGACGAGACCAAGGUCAAGACGAGGAUGCUCUCAGAUGGCUCACUUGAAGCGGAGCUGCUCAUCCGGUCAUUUACCAUCUACGACAGCCGACCCCGAGAGACAAACAAAUUCCGUCGCAUCAUGUCAUCGAUGAAUAAGGAAGUGCAGCAGCUAAUGGCGAGUGUGACCAUGUCGGGUGGCAAGGAAAAGAGCCUGAUUGCUAUGGCCACCAUUGACAGCCCUCGAGUCAUCUUUGCACUCGACUAUCUGUUUGCUAUCCAAAAGUUUGCCGUGGAGGGUUUGACUGUCGAGGAGAGCAGCCCGAUGGAUUAUGAGAGCAUGGCUGAGACUACCCCCGAAGAGUCAGACACCGACUCUCUGCAAGUCACAUUUUCGGGAGAUAAUGCUUCACGGCCUCGAUCACAGCUUUCACGGCAGCAAAGCACCGACGUCGCUCAAGUCGAGGAAAAGAAGGAAGAGCCGUCGAUGAGCAUCGCUUUCCGAGUCAAUUUGGUCGAUGCGCAAGUCAUCCUCAUCGCGAACCCUCUGACCUCGAGCUCCGAGGCGAUUGUGCUUUCGAUCAGACAAAUGCUUCUUUCUCAGCAGCAUGUCCUGACCUUCCAGGUGUCUCAAAUUGGAAUGUUCUUGUGUCGGAUGGACAGAUUCGAGACGUCUCGUCUUCGAAUCAUCGAUGACUUCUCGAUCCAGCUCAGCAUGGACAGCUCCAAGCCUCUGUCCACCAGCAUCCAUGUGGAUGUUGAGCCUCUUGUGCUGCGACUAUCGCUCCGCGAUAUUCUUCUCGUGCUUCAAAUCGUCAGCAAAGCAGGAGAGCUAUCCGGAAAUGAACCAAAGCAGGCCAAGGAAACCCCUGCUGAACAGAAGGCCCGGGAGUUGCGCAACGCUGGCAUGAAGCAACGAUCUGCCAGUGGACGUGGACAGUCUACCAUCGCUGGUCGAACAAAGGCGACUGCAGCCAGCCAUGCUCCUAGCCACGCUGUUGAUUCCAAGGCAAAGCAGCAAGCUCAGCAAGUUGCCCAGCGAAGAUAUGAGGAGUUGUCGGCUACAGUAGAAGGCAUUCGUGUCGUUUUGAUUGGCGAUGUGCACGAACUUCCCAUUCUUGAUCUUGGCAUCAAGAAGUUCAGUGCGGCUGCUGAGAACUGGUCUUCGAACCUGAAAGCCGAAACUGCCAUGGACCUUUACUCCAACGUGUACAACUUUUCCAAGUCCAGCUGGGAGCCGCUCCUGGAGCCAUGGCAGGUGGGCUUUGGCGUGGCCAAGGAUACUGUCUCCGGUCUUCUUUCAGUCGAUGUUGCCUCCAAAAAGGUCUUCGACGUGACCAUCACCACGGCCACGAUUGCAUUGGCAUCCAAGUCGUUUGACUUCCUGACGACUGAGCAGGAUGUGCUGGACAAGCCCCGCGGAGUUGAAGCACCCUACCGCAUCCGAAACUACACUGGCUUUGAUGUCGUUGUCCACUCCAAGAGCCCAAUCAGCGAUGAGCCCAUCAACCUUCGCCUGGAGGACGGCAAGGAAGCACCGUGGAGCUUUGAGCAUUGGGAGAAGAUGCGAGAGAAUCUUCUCACUGAGUCAAACCAGAACUAUGUCAACAUCCAGCUCGAGGGCAGUGGGUUCGACCCUGUUAAGAACGUCCGACUCAAUCGGGAGGGUGAGUAUCUUUACAGCCUACGUCCCAAGACGGAUAACGUUCUGCAUCGACUGUGUGUUGAGGUGGAGCUGGGAACCGAGGACAACAUCAAAUACGUCACCUUCAGAUCUCCCCUACACGUUGAGAACGCAACACAGAUCCCGGUAGAAUUGGGUAUCUACGAUGCGCAGGAAGGCCAUCUGCUCAAGAUUGAGAAGAUUGCGCCUGGUGACUCUCGACCGGCCCCAGUUGGCGCUGUGUUUGAGAAGAGGGUUCUUGUUCGACCUGACGGUGGCUUUGGCUACCAGUGGAGCAACGACCAGCUGUUCUGGAGGGAUCUGCUCAAGCGACCUACGAAGCAGGUUGUGUGCAAGGGAGAGAAUGGAGAUCCGUUCUACUUCCAGGUCCAUGCACGCUUCGACAAGGCUAACCCGCUGACCAAGCAAUACCCGUACAUGAAGAUCAAGCUAUCAGCGCCGGUGACACUUGAGAACCUCUUGCCGUACGAUUUCAAGUACCGCAUCUACGACAAGAACACCAGAAAGGACUGGACCAACUUCCUGCGAAAGGGUGGUGUCAGCCCUGUUCAUGUUGUUGAGCUCUCCCACUUGCUGCUCCUCAGCAUCGACAUGCAGGACACAGUUUUCAAGGCGAGCGACUUUUCGAUCAUCAACCCUGGAAAUAAUGAGGACUUCCGCAAGGAAGGCAAGCUUGUUGUAAAGGAUGAUCAAGGACUACCUUUGAACCUGUCUCUGCACUACUUCAAGAUUCCCAACAGCGGUGGUGCGUUCAAGGUCACAGUCUACAGUCCCUAUGUUGUUCUGAACAAGACUGGCGUGGAUGUUCGAGUGCGCGCCAAGGGAUUCCUCCAGCAAGCAAAGCCGGCGGCGGGACAAUUCCCUCUCAUGGACACAUCGGAUCAGGAACGUCCCAAGGCGUUGCCCUUCAUGUUCUCUUAUGGAAGCGAUGAUCACCGCAACCGAGCACUCCUCAAGGUCGCGGAUUCUGAGUGGAGUAAGCCCCAGAGUUUUGACGCCAUUGGCAGUACUUCUGAAGUUGUCCUCAACUCGCCAAACAAGAACAAGGAGAUCCACGUGGGAAUCACGGUCAAGUCGGGUGAGGGCAAGUAUAAGUUGACCAAGGUUGUCACCCUCGCGCCACGAUUCGUGCUGCACAACAAGCUGGGCGAGGAGAUUCUUGUCAGGGAGUCGAGCUCGUCUGGAUACCUCACUCUUGGACAAGGAGCUCUCCAGCCCCUUCAUUUCAUGCAAAAGUCCAAGGUGAAGCAGCUGUGCCUCUGCUACCCUGGUGUCAACAACCACUGGACUUCGCCCUUCAAUAUUGCCGACAUUGGUACGACUCAUGUCAAGAUUGCGAAGGCUGGACAGCGGCAAUUCCUGGUCAGAGUGGAAAUUCUUAUGGAGGAUUCUACCGUCUUCUUGAACCUUAGCAUGGAGACCAAGAGCUGGCCAUUCUCUAUGCGCAACGAGAGUGACACCGAGUUCAUGUUCUGGCAAGCCAACCCCAACGUGGACGAAGAGGGUGUUGAGGAUCGCAGUGGUUGGAGACAGAUCCGGUACCGUCUACCGCCCAGGAGCAUCAUGCCCUACGCCUGGGACUUCCCCGCAGCCAAGUUCCGUGAGAUUAUCAUUUCAAUCAACGGUAAGGAGCGACAUGUCAAGCUGGCCGAGAUUGGAAACCAGAUUCCCAUGAAGUUUACGACUUCUACAGGGCAGCAGAAGAUCAUCGACAUCAAUGUUGCUGCAGAUGGACCGAAGCAGACCUUGAUCUUGAGCAACUUCCGCGCCAGCAAGAGCAUGUACAAGCCGAAGACGUUGUCUAGGACCAACACCGGCCCAGAAGCCUUCGAAGUCAAAGAUCAGGACACGGGGGCUACUUUCCGUGCUCAGCUCAAGCUUGCGGGUAUCGGUGUGUCUCUGGUAAACGCUCAGAUGAAAGAGCUCGCCUACUUGACCCUUCGAGAUGUCCAACUGCGCUACAGCGAGUCUCCACUGAUCCAAACCGUUUCGAUGGCGAUCAAGUGGAUUCAGAUCGACAAUCAGCUCUACGGUGGUCUCUUCCCGAUGAUCCUCUAUCCCAGUGUCGUACCCAAGAAGGCGCAAGAGGUGGAAGCUCAUCCAUCGCUGCACGCCAUGAUCAGCCGUGUCAAGGAUGACUCGUACGGUGUGCUAUACAUCAAGUACGCAACUAUUUUGCUUCAGCAGAUGACGGUUGAUCUAGACGAGGAUUUCGUCUUUGCUCUUCUUGACUUUACAAACGUUCCCGGUGCCAGCUGGACGAUGGUGGACGAUGAAGGCAAGCUGUGCGACGAGGAUCUUGACAUUCCCGAGCCGACACAACUGCAGGCUGGUCAAGACAUUUACUUUGAGGUGCUCAACAUCCAGCCGAUGCAACUUGACCUCAGCUUCAUGCGCACAGAACGAGUGAAUGCUGAGGACAAGGGUUCAUCGCGCAACCCUAUCAUGUUCUUCCUCAACGUCAUGACCAUGGCCAUCGGUAACGUCAACGAUGCGCCAAUCCGCUUCAAUGCCCUCAUCUUGGACAAUGUGCGGGUAACAACUGCAGUGCUCAUUCAGAAUUGCUCCAGUCACUACAGCCAAGAGGUCAUGUACCAGAUUCACAAGAUCUUGGGAUCUGCCGACUUUUUGGGCAACCCAGUGGGCCUCUUCAACAGCAUCUCAUCAGGUGUGACGGAUGUCUUCUACGAGCCGUACCAGGGCCUGAUCCUGUCGGAUAAACCAGAGGAGUUCGGGCUGGGCAUUGCAAAGGGCGCCGCUUCAUUCGCAAAGAAGACGGUGUUUGGCUUCAGUGACAGCUUCUCCAAGUUCACAGGCAGUCUAAGCAAGGGUCUUGCAGCGGCAUCGCUGGACAAGCAGUUCCAAGACCGGCGACGUAUCACAAGAGCGCGCAACAGGCCAAAGCACGCCUUGUACGGUGUUGCUGCGGGUGCUAACAGCUUCAUCACAAGCGUCGCAUCAGGCGUGGGCGGACUUGCGCGCAAGCCUCUGGAGGGUGCUGAGCAAGAGGGUGCGCUGGGCUUCUUCAAGGGUGUCGGCAAGGGCGUGAUCGGGUUGGCAACCAAGCCUGCUGUUGGCGUACUGGACAUGGCCAGCAACGUCAGCGAAGGCAUCCGCAACACAACAACAGUGUUUGACGGGCAAGAGUUGGAUCGCACGCGAUUCCCGCGCUUCAUCCCACAAGACGGCAUCGUGCGGCCGUACAACCCGCGGGAAGCUCUCGGGCAGUACUGGCUGAAGCAGGUGGACAACGGAAGAUACUUUGACGAGCAGUACAUUGGACACCUGGAGCUGCCCAAGGAGGACAUGGUGGUGAUGGUGACAUAUGCUCGGAUCCUAUUGAUCCGAUCCCGACGAUUGACUAGCGAGUGGGACGUGCCGCUCAAGGACAUCCAGACGAUCGCCAAGGAGCGGACGGGAGUGAGCCUUGCGCUGAGGGGAGGGGCUAAUGGACCGUUUAUCCCAAUCGGCGAAGGCAGCGAGAGAGGGUUCCUAUACAAGAUGGUUGGAGUGGCGGUGGAAGAGUUCAACAGAAGAUUCAGGAGCGGAGAGUAA